GAAGCAAUUCAAAGCAGGGAACCAAAAUGGAUCCGAAAACAUUAAAACAGAAACCCAAAGGCGCCAACUUUAGUUUUCAAAGUGGCGCUCCCAUUUUACUCCCUACAAAACUCUCUUCUUUCUCUUUCACCCCUCAGAACCUCUCUCUCUCUAACCCAAACAAAACCUCGACACUCACAGAUUCGCUAGGGCCAUGGCGGAGAAGGAGAACUGCGCCCGGGUCACAAGGUCAAUGAAGAGGAGGGCCGAAGCUGCCAUGGGCCAAGAGCAGCCGGCCACCAAGAAACGCGUGGUCUUAGGAGAGCUCCACAUCCUCCAAAACGCCGUCGUUCCGGCGAAUAACAAAAGUUCUGCGGUGGAGCCGCAGGUGCAGAAACGCGGAGCCAAAGCCAAGGCGAAGAAAGCACUGCCCGAGAAGAAAACGGAGACGCCGACGACGCCGGACAUUGAUUCCACGUCGGAUGACCCUCAGAUGUGUGGGCCUUAUGCUCGUGACAUUUAUGAUUAUCUUCACAAGCUCGAGGCGGAUCCAGAUAGAAGGCCUUUACCUGAUUACAUGACAAAGGUUCAAAAGGACAUCACUUCUAAUAUGAGGGGAAUCUUAGUAGACUGGUUGGUGGAAGUUGCAGAGGAAUAUAAGCUCCUUUCCGACACUCUUUUCCUCACCGUUCUGUAUAUUGAUAGAUACCUAUCUUUGAAAGCUCUGGACCGCAAAAGGCUUCAGUUACUGGGUAUUUCUUCAAUGCUCAUUGCCUCAAAGUAUGAGGAGAUCAGCCCUCCACAUGUGGAACAAUUUUGUUACAUCACAGAUAAUACAUAUGAUAAGGACCAGGUGUUAAAAAUGGAGGCUGAUAUACUCAAGGCCUUAAAGUUCAACUUGGGAAAUCCUACAAUAAAGACAAUACUAAGGAGAUUUGCUAGAGUGACUCAAGAGAGCUACAAAGAUCCUAAUCUGCAGUUAGAAUUUUUGGGCUACUACCUUGCAGAGUUAAGUUUGUUAGAGUACGAGUGUGUAAAGUUUUUGCCCUCAUUGGUGGCUGCGUCUGUUACAUUUCUCGCAAGAUUUAUGAUCCGGCCAAAGUCUCAUCCUUGGACUCUGUCCCUGCAACAAUAUUCCGGAUACAAACCGGCUGAUUUGAGGGAAUGCGUCCUUAUCAUACAUGACUUGCAUCGGAGUAAAAGAGGAGCAACUUUACAAUCGAUAAGAGGAAAGUACAAAUCACAUAAGUUCAAAUGCGUGGCAACCAUAUCUUCUCCUCCAGAAGUACCGACUGACUAUUUUGAAGAUCUGAAAGAAUGAUUAUUUAAGUACAAGAAGAGUAGGUUUUAGCUGCAAGACGAGGGGUUUUUUUAACUCAAGUUUUUCAAGACGAAUGGUUGUGAUGUAUGCUUGGAUAUAUAUUUUUUGUAGGGUCUCAAUCUCAAUGGCGUUGCUUAGAUAGUCCCCACUAGCUUUUAAAAUUUCUUUCACUUUGCUAGAUUAUUUGUUGAUUAUGACAGAAGUUAGGAUAGCAUUUUGAGUGCAUUUGGUUGCUUUCGCUGGGAAUGUUGAGUUGUGAAAGCUUGUAAUAUUCCUCGUGUUUUCAAUCGCUGUAGAAAUUAUGUUUGUAAAUCACAGUUUCUCAAUUUUAUUUUUAACUUUUCCUGGUUUUUGUUUCA